AUGGGAUCAAAUCAUCGCGCGUCGAAGAAGCAGUCGCUGAAGUCCGGACGACCUCCAGCUGCGCAGAAGACCAUGGCCAGCAUCUCCUCGAAAGCUACACAAAAGACGAUCGUGACCUUCCAUCAACUGAACCGAGAUCUGGAGAAGGCGAAGUCCAACGGAGAUGAAGUGCAAGCGAAACGAAUUCAGCAACAGAUCGACAACCUAGGAGGCAUCAAGGCGUAUCAACAAGCCAGUAUCCAAGGACAGUCCGUGGAUCGUGGUGGCGACUCCUCGACCGUGCUGCUCAAAUGGAUGGACCCCAUGCGCGAUGCAACGUCGAAGGAGUCUCCAAAGCUGAAGAUGCUCGAAGUUGGUGCGCUUAGUACAAAGAAUGCUUGCUCAAGAUCUGGACUCUUCGACGUCACUCAUAUCGACUUGAACUCGCAAGCACCUGGGAUUGAGCAGCAAGACUUUAUGGCUCGUCCUCUUCCAGCAACUGCAGAUGACAAGUUCGACAUUAUCUCACUCUCGCUGGUCUUGAACUUUGUACCGGAAGCCAAAGGUAGAGGUGAGAUGCUCAGACGGACUACAUCCUUCCUGCAGAAUCGUAUCUUCUCUUCAUCAGAAGUUGCGAAGGUCAUGCCGUCCUUAUUCUUGGUGUUGCCGGCGCCCUGCGUCACAAACUCGCGGUACUUCGACGACCAUCAACUUCGAUACAUCAUGGAGAGCCUCGGAUACAGUCUUCUACACCGUAAAGAGACCGCGAAGCUGGUGUACUAUCUCUGGCAUCUUGGAAAGAUACCGAUCUCAGGGAAGCAGAACUUUGCCAAGACCAAGAUUCGAGAUGGACGGACCAUGAACAACUUCCACGUAGUACUGCAAAGACCGAACUCAUGA